UAAAACUGAAUAUUUUUCUAUGUUACAGUUAAUCUUUCAGCUGUGAUGAAUAGUAACUCUACUUGUCCAGCAAUUCCAGGUUUGGAUAUAGAAGCUGAAUUGAGCAGGUUUGCCUACUACUAUGCGGGUAUUGGCUUUGCUGUAGUGAUACUGAGCACCGUCCAAGUCUGGACAUUUUUGACCUCAGCUGCAAGACAGAUAGCAAGAAUCCGACAAAAGUUUUUUUUCGCAAUACUUCACCAGGAGAUGGCUUGGUUUGAUACCAGCCAGAUUGGAACGUUGAACACCCGACUGACGGAGUGAGAAGGGUCUAUUUAUCUAUGCAUCAGGACAUGAGCCAAAAAGAAGUCUGAUGUUUACCUUUAUAGAAUUAGC